AUGAUUGAUGGAACGGCAAAAGGUAUCCUCCAAACAAUAAAAGGAAGUUUUUCAAAACAUGAAGUACCUCUUGAUCAUGUCUUCGGACUUACAUCAGAUACGACGAACGUAAUGAUGGGAAAGCACAAUUCAGUUCAGGCUUUACUAAAAACCGAAAUUCCACAUCUGGUCGUUAUAGAGUGCUCAUGCCAUUUAAUACAUCUCGCCACAUCAUAUGCCUCCCGUAAACUACCUAAAAAUUUAGAAGAUUUGUGCCGUAAUAUACCUGCAUAUUUUCAUAUGAGCCCUAAGCGAACAGAAGCACUCAAACAGUUUCAGGAUUUUCUAAAAAUUGACCAACAUAAAUUACUUUCUGCAGCAAAUACAAGAUGGUUGUCACUUCAAGCUUGUGUCGACAGGAUAUUAGAGCAGUAUGAUGCAUUGAAAUUAUUUUUUACGGGGGCAGUUUUUGAGGAUCCCUCUAAUACAAAUGAUUCCAUCUUGAACAGUCUUAACAACCCAUUUAAUAAAGCUUUAUUACACUUCAUGAGUUACGUCUUCUCUAUAACUAACGAUUUUAAUACAUUUUUUCAAACAAAAUCACCACAAUUAUUUAUACUGCCAGUGAUGGUUCGGAAAAUGUUGAACACUUUUUUGUGCAACUUUGUCAAAAAGGAGCACCUGAAUCUGAGCUCGGAUCUAAAGAGCCUUAAGCAAAUUGACGUCACUAAAACAGAAAUUCACCUCAAUAAUGAUCAUAUAUACGUUGGUAUGGAAGCACAUGCGAUACUUGAAGAUUUAAAGACAAAAGCCCCAAUAGAAGAAGUGAACAAAUUUUAUGCUAGUUGUCGUGAAUUUUAUGUGGAAAUAGUAUUGCAAAUCCAAAAGCGGUUCGACUUGAAUGAGAAACUUUUCGACAUAUUGAAGUAUGUGGAUCCAAAAAUAGCAAGAAAUCUGGAGAAACAAUCAGUGAAAGAUGUUUUUGAUAAAUUUAACUUUUUAACGACAAAAUGCAACAUGCAAAAAGGAGAUAACGAAUGGAGAAAUCAAGCUCUUAUAGACUUAAAGCAUUUUGGAGUUGAAAGCGAAGAAGAAUUAAAAAACAUGCCAGCUGACAUUUAUUGGAAUAAGGUUCUAAGCAUGAAAGAUUAUCAUGGUAAUUUCAUUUACGAAAAUCUUGAAGUAGUUAUUUCAGUUUUACUAGCAGUUCCAUCUUCAAAUACUGAGGUAGAAAGAUUAUUUAGUAUUCUAAAAAAUGUAAAAACAGAUAAAAGAAAUAGACUUUCUAACGAAACUCUGAACGGCUUGUUUCACACAAAGUUCGGAAUGCAAGCAAACAAUUGCUCAAUUUUAGAACCCAACAGUGCCAUGAUAAGUGCAGCAAAAUAUUACAAAAGUAAUGAUUCAGCUUCUAAAUCUUCUGUCUGA